CACACACUGUUGUUUUGUCUUCUUGUUUUACUACACAAAACCUCGUUGGCUAACAUGGCUCUCGCCUCUCAAACCUUAAUCCUAAGAAACCCUACCUUCGCAUCUCCAAAUAUUAGUUCUCUCGCGGUUACUACAGGAAUCGCUUUCACUUUAUUCUCUUCUCGAAUCUCUCGUCGGAGAAACGAUAAUUAUUUUUCCCCGAAACCAAAUUUCUACAAACCCCAUAAUCUCACAUAUAAAAACCCUUCGAAACCCUACACGUUGUCAUGCUCCUCAAAUAUCAACUCUUCCACGAGUCCACUCACUGAGCCAACUCGCCCGUCCCCCGAAGACCAAACGCGCCAAAACCCAUCCGAGUCAACUCGCCAGGUGUUCACCGAGUCAACUCGAACAGUCAGCACUCUAGUAGCCACCGUUAUCUUGCUCUCCAAGUUACUUGGCCACGCAAUAGCGAAACGCAUGCAAGGUGUUUGUAAAAUACCUAGCCCAAACCAGCUGCUCAGUUUCCAAGAAAACAUGAUUAACACGACGAGCCCGUUGUUCUUCGCAGCAGUGAGAAUUCACAGGCAGCAGCUGCAGACACCCUGGACGAUAAUGGCUUCCGGGUUAGCGAGAUGCCUUGAGGUUUACAUGGCUCUUUUGGGGAUCAGAGUCACGCUCUCAUUCUUCCCUAAUGUCGAGUGGAACCGCCAGCCUUACUCAGGACUGCGAGACUUGUGUGAUCCUUUUAUACUUCUUUUCCAGAACAUUAUUCCACCGCUUUUUAAUGUUGAUAUGAGCGUCACGGUUGCUUUCACGGUUUUGUCAGUUCUCGUCGAGAUUCUUACUCCAAGGCUUUUCUAAUAAGCAUUACCGAUUCCAAAACAUUUACAAGAUCAUCUACGUUAAUAGUUCACAGAUGUUUGAUGUUUUCGGACCUUUAAAAUUUUUCUGGCUUAUGUUAAGUUCAUAUUUUGAUUUUUUGAGAGUUUUGUUAUGAAAAAUGCUAUGCUAGGUGCCUCAAAGAUUGUUCCCAAUUUUUUCCCCUCAAAUCUUAGAUGAUAAUGUUCUAUUGGCCCCCCCCCCCCUGCACAUAAACAACAUAAUUAGAAUCAUGUACGAUUGGUUCUGUUCCUUGUAUGCACAUAAACAGCUAUUAAAACCAGUCAUAUGCUUCAUUUGGGACAAAAAUUAGGGACAGAAUUUGGGGUAUGUAGCAUUACUUUUUUGUUAUUGGUGCUUUCUCAGUGUGACAUUAUGAAUAUUUGAAGCAUGGUUUGGUAAUAAUACAAUAAUUAUUUUGUGAGCAUUAGGCACUGGUGCAUCUCCAUUCAUUUUGUGAAUGAUUAAUAUCUCUUUUAUACUUGCAAUUACAAUAAGAAUUUGAUGGUAUGAUGUUGUAUAUGUGUUUGUUUGGAAUUUUAAAUUUCAAUGCUCAGUUUCUUAUGUUUCUCUGUUCUUCUUUAGUAUAUAUAUGCAUGUGAUUAAUGUAUAGGUUCUAAAGGCCUGAUCUUAGGCCCUGACUCACCCUCCGUGGACGAAUAUUCAUUCACGGUAUACACUACACGCCCUUCUCUUCUGUCGAGCCUGCAACUCUGCGCACACACAAACACACACAGAUGAAGACUGGAGAAAGAGAUAGCAAAAGAAUGAAGAAAGAGCAGGAGGAGAACAAGCAGAGUGUGCCAGUGCUGCCAUGGAUGAGAAGCCCAAUACAAGUUGAUUCUUUUUCAUACUGCCCACUUGCUCAAGUCCCUAUGCUUGACUCUAGGUUGGCUGUAGCUUUGCAGAGUAGUGGAAUUGCCUCGUUCUUAGCGGUUCAGCUUGCGGUUUGGCAUGAGACAAUAGGACUGGGUUCUUUUGAGUGGGACCUUUGUAUUAAUUUCCCUACAGGAAGCGGAAAAACUCUUGCUUAUGCGCUGCCAAUUGUGCAAAUGCUAUCAACUCGUGCUGUAAAAUAUCUUCGUGCUUUAAUUUUGUUACCCACUCAGGACUUAGCUUUACAGGUUAAAGAAGUUUUCAACACUAUUGCUCCUGCAGUGGGUUUAUCAGUUGGUUUAGAAGUCGGCCAAUCUUCAAUUGCUGAUGAAAUUUCAGAACUUAUUAAGAGGCCUAAGCUUGAGGCAGGUAUUUGUUAUGAUCCAGAAGAUCUUUCAGGGAGUUGCAGAGCUCAGUGGACAUAUUAGUAGCAGCACCUGGAAGGCUAAUGGACCAUAUUAAUAACACCAAGGGUUUUACACUUGAGCAUCUUCACUAUCUUGUAGUCGAUGAAACAGAUCGGUUACUAAGAGAGGCAUACCAGUCUUGGCUGCCUACUGUGCUUCAGUUGACCCGCUCCGGUGGUCGAAGUCACUUUCCUCAUGCAGAAAAUUUUGUUCCUACAACCUUAGGAUCCAUAAAGACUACAAGGAGAAUGCAAUGAUCAGUUUGAAGAUGCUAUGUCACAGAUUUUCAGAACUGUACCCUCUGGUUGAUGAAACAUAUAUAAUCUCUGGAUUUGACGGCAAUUAAAGAAGCCAGAGCCAGAGCACUUGCCUCAGAUGAAGCUUUCAAAUCUGAUAAUCUCUUUUUUUUCAAGGUCAUGAAAAUAUCACAUGUAGAUUAGAGAAGGCACGGCUUGGUAAACAUUAGCUCAUAUUUAUACAUAAUGCCAUUCUCUAAUUUGUAAUGUUGUAUGUGUUUGGUAUCAGUUGAAGCAGUGUUAUAAAUUUGAAUUAUAUUUGAACUUAGCCGCAUCAGACUUGGAUGGAAUGAAAGAACUGUGCUCCAGUUUAAUUUUGUAAAUGUCUUCAAAAACGUUUUAGUUGUCUCCUUGAUUCCUUAAAAUCAAAUAGAUAAAUAUGGAGUAAAACAGAAAACUUGUUUCUGAAUUUUGUGAACUCCUAAUUGCUUUUACACAUACAGGGUUGGUCAUUUUCUCUUGCCUUGGCAGGUUGUAAGUAGGGGAUUUGAAGAGAGUUUUAAAAAGUGGAAGGACAUUGACCAGGUUCAUCUUCAAGUUGCAUGAAAGAUUUGGCCGGUUAAUUAGAUUAUGAGGUGGAACCUGUGUAAGCUAAGCUCUGGGCGGGACAGAUUUGCACAAGACAAAUUGUUAUCCGCAGGUGACGUUUGUGUCUUUGAACUGAUAAACACCUCUACUAAAUUGCUAGAGGUCCACAUAUUUUCAGCAGCAAAAGAAACAAACGAAACAAGAGACUGCCAAGGAUUAAUUAAGGGAAGCUAAGGAAGCUAAAGUGCCUACAUCAGUCGAUGCUCUUAAAUGCAGAUACCCUUUUUUCAGAAUCAAACUAUACCCAUCUUCCUUGUAUGGUGGAUCCUUGAGUUUGCUGCAAAAGUUUGAAAAGAGAUUUGUAACCAACGACAGUUGCAAUGUUACCCUUUAAAUUUCGGAUGGAAGAGAGUGGCUGGUAAAGUGCAAUGUUUACAAAUCCUGUACCAAAUUUAGUGUUGGUUGGAAUAUAUUUGCACGAGCGAAUCACUUAGCUGCAGGUGAUGUUUGUAUCUUUGAGCUGAUCAAUUUCUCCCAUAAGUUGCUGAAUGUUGUCAUUUUCCGAAACUAAUCAUCAAUUGUUGAGCAAACUUGGUGAAUGUUUUCUCCCAAGUGUAAGCGGUCUUGGCAAGGUGAAAUGUGAUAUUAUGCGCUCUCCAUGGCUCCCAUGAAUCAGUAUAUGUGGCCAGAAAUCAAAUUUAUAUUUAUUGUUAUGAUCAGCAGAGACUCUGAUAUUCCUGCAUUGAGAUGCUUUUUAUCUUCCUAAUAUUUUUGUAUCCUGUUGAAAAUGAUUAACAAAAAACAGUUCAUGUGUAUGUUUGAAAUUUGGACCCUGAUCCAUUUAAAAUUACAUUUUUGUCUGCUAUCAUAAAUUCGA